GUAUCAAGCGUGGUAACAAUUCUCAUCUCUUUGUUGAUUCUUUUCGGUUUAAUUAUCGAUUAAUUUUUAAUUACUAAUCUAAUUUCGAUAUGGAUGAUGAAGCUGAUACAUAUAAUCUAUGGAGGAUUCGUAAAACAAUCAUGCAGCUUUGCCAUGAUAAAGGUUAUCUAGUUACUCAAGACGAACUUGACCAAACAUUGGAGCAAUUUAAAGAGCAAUUCGGUGAUCGUCCAAGUGAAAGACAUCCAGCCAGAAGUGAUUUAAUUGUACUGGUUGCUCACAAUGACGAUCCUACUGGUAAGUAUCCAGUGAUCCAGUCACCCGUUAUUAUGGGCUCAAACGAGGACAGGUUGUCAAAAUUAACAGGCCCAGUGAAAUUGCUGGAAGAUACAUCUCAUAUCGCUUAGUUGUGUGAAUUUUUGUCCAUUCUGUCAUCAUCAUUCCCUAUUCUGUCAUCUAUAUUUUUUUGUCGUAAUCAAAUAAUUCUGGUUCCAUCAAUUCGUGAAUUAAAAAAGGAAAGUCAAUCAAAAAACGAUAAUACGAUUGUCAAGUCUAUGCGGUGUAAAGAAAAGUAAACAAAUAUGAUUUUGAGGUAGUUCUAAUAGAGAAAAUUUUGAUUACAUGUGAUUAGUCCUAAUGUAGGAAAAUUAAAUACACUCAUUGGCAAUUUUAAAUCAAUGAAGGAGAGUCCAAAUGGUCAACACUUCGAGAACAAGCAAUCCAAAGCCAAUUUUAGCCUUUUUUUCAAGACCACGAACGGAAUCAAGACUUGGAUUAGUAUUUGGAUUAUGCUAACACUUGAAGCUUCUUGUUGAGUUUUUCACCGAGAUCGAUGUUUUCGUCGCCAUUUGUAAUAGUUGGUCUUUCAUUGCAAAAGAAAAUGGUUGUGAAAAUAUUGUAUUAAAUGUCUCCUGGCGGUUAAUCAACAGUUCCAGAGAUGAUUUUAAAGAUUUUGCUGCUGUUUCUUCAUUAUGCUGUGAACAAACAUCAAUUUUAUCCAUUAGUUUGGCUCGAAGUGCAUCCGUUUGAAGAUUGUACAAAAUUACGGCUUUACGAAGUUCAGAUUUUGAGAUGGCCGAACAAGAGGAACCUUUUGAUUGGAGAUAAAAUAGAGAAAUACAAAUGAUCAAGUUCAAUGUUAAGAAAACUGUUGGAACAUGUGAUCAUGUACUUAUGGAAUAAUUUCACGAGCAAGAUAAAAUUCUUUAUUUGAAAAGAGGAGAAAAAAAAAUCUAAAGAAUAAUAUUUACUUUGGAUAAAAAUAGAAGAUAAAAUGAUUCCAGCUCCAAGUAAUUGUAUCAUGUUUCUCUUAUUUGCCACCAUGAUGAUAAUUGAAAAUCGAAAAAAAUCAGGAUCAACUUGUGGAUUAAACAACACAAACAAUUCGAUGGCGAUUCGAGGAUGAUUUUCAUGGAUCGUUGAGAAAACCAAGUGAUAAUUCAGAACCAAUGGAUGUUGGACAAUAUCGACAACUGAUGGAGAGAUUAUGAUGACAUCUACUCGAUCGAAAUUCACCAUUCAAUCAAAGUGACCACUUAUUAUGAUCGAAAUGAACUAACUAGGAAACAA